GGGCGGGGCCUGUUCGCGCAGGCGCGCGGGGCGGCGGCGGCGGCGUCAUGGCGGCGGGGGCGGCCGAGGCGGCGGCCGUGCUGGAGGCCGCGAGCGCGGGGCGCUUCGAGGAGCUGCUGCGCCUCAAGGCGGGGUCCCUCCUGGUCGUCCACUUCUGGGCGCCAUGGGCCCCACAGUGCGCCCAGAUGAACACCGUGAUGGCCGAGCUGGCCAAGGAGCACGCCCAGGUGUCAUUCGUGAAGUUGGAGGCUGAAGCUGUUCCUGAAGUAUCUGAGAAAUAUGGGAUUAGUUCUGUCCCCACCUUCCUGUUCUUUAAGAAUUCGCAGAAGAUCGACCAGCUGGACGGCGCCCACGCCCCGGAGCUGGCCAAGAAGGUGGAACGGCACGCGGCCAGCGGCUCCUUCCCGCCCGGCAGUGACGAGCACCCCAAGGAGGACCUGAACGUGCGCCUGAAGAAGCUGACGCACGCGGCCCCCUGCAUGCUCUUCAUGAAGGGGACCCCCCAGGAGCCACGCUGCGGCUUCAGCCGGCAGAUGGUGGAGAUUCUCAACAGACACAACGUCCAGUUCAGCAGCUUCGACAUCUUCUCGGACGAGGAGGUGCGGCAGGGCCUCAAGGCCUACUCCAACUGGCCCACCUACCCGCAGCUCUACGUCUCGGGCGAGCUCAUCGGGGGCCUGGACAUCGUCAAGGAGCUGGAAGCGUCUGCGGAACUCGAUACCAUCUGCCCCAAAGUGCCCAAGUUAGAGGAGAGGCUCAAGGUGCUGACGAAUAAAGCCGCCGUGAUGCUCUUCAUGAAGGGGAACAAGCAGGAGGCGAAAUGUGGAUUCAGCAGACAAAUCCUGGAGAUCCUCAACGGUGCUGGCGUUGACUACGAGACCUUCGACAUCCUGGAGGACGAGGAGGUGCGGCAGGGGCUGAAGGCCUACUCCAACUGGCCCACCUACCCCCAGCUCUACGUCAAGGGCGAGCUCGUCGGGGGGCUGGACAUCGUCAAGGAGCUGAAGGAGAACGGAGAGCUGCUGCCCAUCCUGCGGGGGGACGGCGCGUGAGGCCGCGGGGCCGGCCACAGGCCCG